AUGGCGGCCAAGCCCGACGACGCCCAGAUCGAGAAGGCGGACCAAGAGUGGGACGAGAAGGGCCUUGCUCCAGGCGAACCCAGCGAUGAAGAGGUCGACGCCUUCAUCGACGACAUGGAAGCUCAGCUGGCGGCGGAAGGGCUGCGCAAGGGGCUGCUGGACAUUGAGUUCAAAAACCCAAAGCACUUCACUUGGGUCAUCAUCGCUUUCGCGUCCAUGGGUGGCCUGCUGUCCGGCCUAGACCAGUCAACCAUCUCGGGCGCCAAUCUGUUCCUACCAGUUGACUUGGGGCUGGACACGAGGCAGAAUAGCCUCGUCAACGCGGCUAUGCCCCUCGGCGCGGUCGGAGGCGCGAUCAUCCUGUCUCCUUGCAACGAGUGGACUGGUCGGCGAUGGUCCAUUAUCAUUUCCUGCAUCUUGUACACGGUUGGCGCGGCGCUUGAGGCCGGAGCCAUCAAUUAUGGCAUGAUCAUCGCUGGACGGGUGCUUCUCGGCAUGGGCGUAGGCCUGGAGGGAGGCACGGUCCCCGUCUAUGUGGCCGAGACAGCCGAACGCAAAGUGCGAGGCAACCUUGUGUCGCUGUACCAGCUCAACAUUGCACUGGGCGAGGUCCUUGGCUACGCCGUGGCAGCUAUGUUUCUGCGCGUGCCCGGUAACUGGCGCUACAUACUGGGCUCGUCCCUGGUGUUUUCGACCAUCAUGCUGGUGGGCAUGUUGUUCCUGCCGGAGUCCCCGCGCUUUCUCGUACACAAGGGCCGUACCCUGGACGCGUAUCGCGUGUGGAAGCGCAUCCGCGGCACUAGCAACCCCGAAUCACGCCGCGAGUUCUUCGUCAUGAAUGCGUCCGUCCGGGAUGAGGCGCGCAUCGUCGCCGAGAGCGCAGUAAACAAGCGCUUCCCCUGGCUGGACUUCUUCACGGUGCCGCGCGCCCGCCGCGCCCUCAUCUACGCCAACAUCAUGAUCUUGCUGGGCCAGCUGACGGGCGUCAACGCCAUCAUGUACUACAUGUCGGUGCUCAUGAACCAGAUAGGCUUCGACAAGGAACAGGCCAACUACAUGUCGCUCGUCGGCGGCGGCUCCCUGCUGCUGGGCACGAUCCCCGCGGUUCUCUUCAUGGAACGGUACGGCCGCCGCUUCUGGGCCAACACCAUGCUUCCCGGCUUCGUCGUCGGCUUGGUUGUCAUCGGCGCGAGCUACCAAAUCAACCUCAAGACCAACCUCGAGGCCGCCGAGGCUACCUACCUCAUUGGGCUCAUCCUGUACAUGGGCUUCUUUGGCUGCUACGCGUGCUUAACGUGGGUGGUGCCGUCCGAGGUGUACCCGACGUACCUGCGGUCCUACGGCAUGACUACCUCGACGGCCCUUCUAUUCCUCGCCUCGUUCGUCGUCACCUACAACUUCUCGGCCAUGCAGCAGUCCAUGACCCGGACGGGCAUGACGCUGGGCUUUUACGGCGGCAUUGCGGUUUUGGGCUGGAUCUACCAGCUUCUGUUCAUGCCCGAAACGAAGGACAAGACGCUUGAGGAAAUCGACCUGUUGUUUCAGCGGUCGACGUCAGAAACGGUUUCCGAGAACGUAAAGAACUUGAGCCAGGGCUUCAGGAACCUUUUUGUUAGGAGGUAG